GCGGCAUUCUCGGCGCAGUCAACAUCGUCUAAAAGCUGACUAUCUGCAUGCAUCUUCUGGGGCGGCCCGGUGUCCAGAUCCAGCAUAAGGUGCAUGGGAGUGGUUGAAAAGGACACGCCAAUCCUAAUUGACUGGUCACCUGAAAUUAUUUGCAAUAUGGAGCCAGCUUACAAGUCCCCUCAUCGUAAUCUCAGACACCCGUCACUAAAUAACGCUCACUUAACAAAGCGGACUGAACAUCAGCAACCUGCAGUACAUAUUUAGACUUUGUCAUAUGCACUACCUAGAUUUAGGGACGGACCGUGCUAUUAGUGCGCUGUUAGGCCAAGACGGCUUGAACUAAAGCACCUAACACACCCGCUGCGAUAGAACGGGGCCAUCCUGUGGUCACAAUGGACCGCACGCCUCCACCACGGAGGCAAGGUGGAAAUAGUUGGAGACCUGCGACCUCAGCCACUGGUGGGUCAGAGAACGUAACCUACAAGCGUACUUGGCCCGCUCCACGCCUGGAAUUCAGCUCCAGUCCACCGAAUCUGUCACAAGUACAGUCGACUAUCGUGCAGCAUUCUCCAGCUGAACAACGUGACUACAAGUCAAAUCGUAUUGAUACUCCACCCGAUUCAAUCAGCUUGACGACUUCCCAUGAAGAGAACUUUUGGGACGGGUCAGAUACUGAGGGGUCUGAUGAGGCAGGAGGAGUGAGAAUCCAAAGCAAAGAUAGUGCAGUGGGCGCAACAAGAACAGGCUUGGUUCAAUCUUUGGCUCGUCGCUUCAGGAAACGAUUUCAUAAAAGAAAUGUGCUACCACUGGAUAAGCAAGAACUGGAAAGACAUGAUUGGCAGCAUGAGAUCAUGUGUGCUGUUCAUGGUGGCAGGCUGCAUUUAGCCCCCAUUCUGCGACCGAGAAAAGUACUCGAUAUUGGCACUGGAACAGGGAAAUGGGCUGUGGAAUUCGCAAAGGUAAAUCCCAACACUUCAGUUCUCGGCAUCGACCUAAACCCUGUCACGACUACCGAGUUACCUCUAAACUGCCACCUCUUGGUCGCAGAUGCCCUUCAAGAAUGGAAAUUUGGCAAUAUGUUUGACUUCAUUCACGUCAGGAACCUUGGAGAUUUCUCACCUGAGCGAAGAUAUUUGAUUGAGCCAAUUUUUCAACACCUGGCUCCGGGUGGCUGGGUUCAAUUUCAGGAGUGGGUUUACAGUUUCAAAUCCGGCAAUCAUUCCCUGAAUGGUACGACAUUGAAAGAGUAUAGCGAUCUGCUCGUACGAGGUACUCGCCAGUUAAGAGGUGGGCGGAACAGGUCUAUUGUUUCGUUCAAAAGCCGUAUGGAAAUAGCUGGUUUCCAAUCAAUUACAGAACGGAAAUACCCAGUCCCCAUCAACCCGUGGCCGCCGAAGGGAAAGUCUAAGAGGCUUGGCGCCAUGAUGAUGCAGAAUAUGCUCCAGGUUGUAGAGCCGUUAUCGUUUGCGACGCUAGUAGGAGGCUUGGGAUGGUCACCAGAGGCACUCGAUUCCUAUGUGUCGCGGGUCAGAGAUGACUUGCAGAACACAGACAUCCACGGUUAUCUUAUCUUGCUAACAGUAUACGGUCAAAAGCCCACAGUGAGCUCUGGGAGUCGGUGUUAGCCGCGCUGCGACAGAACUGUAGUGAGCUCGGCCAUUGCUAUAAAAUUUGAAUCAAAUCAAAAGUUCUAAGGGGUCUAUCAGCGUGAUACCGCAGCCAUACUGCAUAAUGCGGAGUGGGAAGAGUGCCGAAAAUGGUCAUAAUUGAACUAUUUGAUGAGAUAACUCAGUGUUAUACUAC